GCCGGGAAGAUGGCGGCGGUGGACCGGAGCUUGCGCUUGGCGCUGGCCGCCCUGUGGGCUGUGGCGGCCGGGCAGCCGGACGGCGGCGGCGGCGAGGUGGAGGUGCGUGGGGUCCGGCUCGAGAGCGGCGGCGGAGAAGGAGGAGGAAUCGGGCAGGUGCGGAUGGCGGGCGGCGCCAUCGAAGCCGGCGCCGGGGCCCGUUUCCAGCUGAGGGUGUUCGGCGCGCGCCUGGCGGCCGACAGUUGGCCCUGGUUGGCCUUGAGCCGCGAGCGCGAGUGCGGCAGCCGCGGCCUCGCGACCGACUGGCUGCAGCUGGGCGCCAACCAAUCGGACGGCUCGGUGCUGGUGAGCGUGCGGGCCGGCCGGCGGGCGGGCCGUUACUACCUGUGCGCCCUGGUGCAGCGCGAGGGGCCCCUGUGGCGGCCCCCCGGCGGCUGGGAGACCCCGCUGGACAUCCGGCCGCCGCCGCCCUCGGUGUGGGGCCAGGUGCUGGUGCUGGCCCUGCUGCUGCUCGCCUCGGCGCUCCUCCACCUGCUGCGCCUCAGCGUGCUGUGGCUGGAGCCGCCGGAGCUGCGCAUCAUCCGCCACUGCGGCACCGAGGCGGAGAAGCGGCGGGCCGACUCGCUGGAGCCCCUGCGGCGGCGGGGCAACCUGGUGCUGUGCUCCCUGGUGCUGGGCAACGUGCUGGCCAGCUCGUGCCUGGCGGUGCUGCUGCACCAGGCGCUGGGUGCCCUCCUGCCCGCCGUGCUGGUCUGUGCCGCCCUGCUCUUCCUCCUGGGUGAGGUGGUGCCCUAUGCCAUCUGCUCGCGGUACGGCUUCGCCGUGGCCUCCCGCACCACCUGGCUGACCCGCCUGCUGGUGGUGCUCGCCUCGCCGCUGGCCCUGCCCAUCACCCUGCUCCUGGACUAUGCCCUGCGCCAGGACGUCAGCACCUGCUACGUCCGCGAGAAGAUCCUGGACAUGCUGCGCUCCACCGACCCCUACAGCGAGUUUGUCAAGGAGGAGUUCAGCCGCGGCACGCUGAGGACCAAAGUUGUGGAGGACAUCAUGACCAGCUUGAAGGACUGCUUCAUGCUCAGCGCUGAAGCCGUGCUCGACUUCAGCACCAUGUCCGAAAUUAUGCAGUGUGGCUACACCAGGAUCCCGGUUUACGAGGAGGAGCGAUCCAACAUUGUGGACAUGGUCUAUGUCAAAGACUUGGCCAUGGUCGACCCAGAGGACUGCACUCCUUUGAACACCAUCAUCAAAUUCUACAACCACCCCCUGCAUUUUGUGUUCAAUGACACCAAGUUGGACGCUGUCCUGGAAGAGUUUAAGAAAGGCAAAUCCCAAAUGGCAAUGGUCCAGAAGGUGAACAACGAAGGAGAUGGUGAUCCUUUCUACGAGGUACUUGGUUUAGUGACACUUGGGGAUGUCAUCGAAGAAAUCAUCAAAUCUGAGAUCCUCGACGAAUCAGAUAAUAUGGAGAAUAAGGUGAAGAAAAAGCCUGCUCCCAUCAGCACUUCUAUUGAACGCAAGAAGGAAGAUGUCUCGUUUUUUAAGGUGCCUGAUAUCGAUCUAAAGGGAAAGAUUUCACCCCAGCUUUUACUAGCAACUCAGCGUUUCUUAUCCAGAGAAGUGGAGUUAUUCAGCCCCUCGCGGGUCUCUGAGAGCGUUCUUCUCCAUCUACUCAAACACCCCAGUGUCAACCAGGAGGUGAAGUUCAAUGAAAAUCACAAGAUGGCUCCGGAGCAUUACCUGUACCAGCGGAAUCAGCCAGUUGACUACUUCAUUCUGGUGUUGCAGGGACGAGUGGAGGUGGAGAUAGGCAAAGAGGGUUUGAAGUUCGAAAACGGAGCCUUCACCUACUAUGGUGUCUCUGCACUAACCAUCCCAUCCUCUGUCCACCAGUCACCGGUCUCGAAUGUGAAGUGGAGUCGGCGAGACCUGUUCUCCAAGGAUCUCCUGGAAUCUGGGGAGAGUGCAAACCUUUCCAUGUACUGCCCUGAUUACACUGUGAGAGCACUAAACGACCUUCAGGUUCUCAAGGUUACUCGGCUGCAGUAUUUAAAUGCGAUUAUGGCCUCGAGAAUACACAAUUCUUCACUGUCGCCAGAUACAUUUGAACUCAAAGUGAUUCCCAGCAGUCAAGCAAAGUUGCUCAAAGACCAAAACUCCUCCAGAAGUACCAGCAGAAGUAAACCACAAAGCGAAGAAGACAGUCCUGAGAGGGAUGAUGGUGUCUAACCUACGAGAAUUUGCAACGGUAUUUGGCUCUUUGUGUGUCCAAAGCCACACCACUUCAGUAAGCUGCGAAUGUACUGUGCUAGUGCCUGGCUGGAGCUAUGGCCAUCCAUUUGCUGGACAAACUAAUUUGUUACAAAGUGGGUUUGGGAUGGGUUGGAGAAAGGACUUUGUUAUUUUUGUAGACCUUGUGCACCAGGAAAAGACUGGCAUCUAAUGCUAAGACGGCUAACCGUGACUAAUUUCUCAGAUAGAACUCUUUCUCUGAUUUUUAGACUUGGAAGGGUUACAGUUGUUUUAAUCAGUUGCAGUACAAUAGACAAAAAGGUUUAUUAUCACACUCUCCCAUGAACAACGAGGUCUACUGCAGUUACUUGAAGACUACAGAAUGCAGAUGUGUUAAAGCAAUAUUGAAUGUGAAUAUACCACAGUUCGUUUUAAAAUUGUUUUUAACCCCCACACUAAGAUGAAUGCUAUUUAUAGUAAAACCCUGAUUGAUGAAUUCUCUUGAGUUUCUGGUUGUUAGCUUGCAAGCCUUUCAGUCCAUGCAAAUCUUCAUUUAAGAAGGAGAGAAAGUCUGUGUCUCUGCAGGGAGUUUUACUGUCUCAGGAUACAUGAAAGUACUUUACACCCAUUGAAGUGCUUUUCAAGCAUAGUCAGUGGUGUAAGGCUGGCAACGCAGCAGACUGAUGCUCACUCAGCAAGAUCCUGCAACUGUAACUGCCAAGGCUUGGAUAAUCUGCUUUGGUGAAGUUGGAUGGACAAUAAUUAUUGAGUCUGGACAGCAAGUGGUAAGCAGGGGUGGAAUCUCCUUUUUAUUUUUGCAGUAGUGCUGACAGACCUUUGACAUCCCCCACCUGAGAGAGCAAGAUGUGGCCGCUGUUCACUGUUUCAUUCAGAAGCUUAGGAGUCCAACUUUACAGCUAUGCCCUCAGUACUGGACUGGCUUGUCAGCCUGGAUCGUUGUGUGGUUUAUGAUCUGUGGUUUUUACCUGACUAGGUUUCAAUAAUGUGACCUGAGCUGCAAGUCACCAACACAGACACUGUCGACUCCCCAGAUCUGCUAACUUUAGGGACAUGAGAUAAUAUUGAGCUAAGGAUGGAGAGAUCUGCUCUGCAGUAGUAUUCUUUGUGGGCUGGUGAGGCUCUCUUCAGGGCUGCUCGGCAGAUUCUUAAACUAAAUACAAUAGGGGAGCCAAACAUCUCAAUAACCAGUGCAUUCAGGGAACCAGAGGGGAAAUUGUUUUAAAAAUCAGUUUUGAGAUGUAAUGAUUUCUGCACAACCCUUGCAGGAGAGGCUCUUUGCCACUGACCAGGCACUGUUCAUGCUCCAACCAGUGCUUUCAUAUUUAAUCACCUGUCCAGAACUGAAUUCCUUAUUCAGCUGGUUUGAAAUUCUGCAUGACUGCCGAUCAAUUCUUUAGAGAUAAGGAAAGGUUAAGCAUGAAAUAGGAUCUUUGGGCCACUAGUUCGUUACAUUCAGUAAUCUGGACCCGAGAUGUAUCUUGUGUUCCUUUUGGGUGGAGCUGAAUGAUCAGCACACAUUAUCCCUUGACGAGAACUCUAAAAAUUACUUGUGUCCAAACUUCUGUUGGCUAGACUGUCUGAUCCAAACCCUCUGGAUCUUCGUUCAUGAUCUGUCUGACAGGGCAGGUGCAAGCCUUCAGAGUUGAUGCUGUUCUCAGCAUCAUGGGUGUCUGGAAAGGGAAGGUGAAUAAACACGGCUUGGAAGUUCCCCUAGGAAGGAAGGAGAUUGCGUUUAUAUUGUCAGCUCAGAGGCAAUUAACAAGCUCCACGGACUGUGAGGCACCUGUGAAAUGUCGUUACUGAUGCAGUUUUAAAAUAUACCAGCUGAUCCAUGUGGAGAAAUAUCUGGUAAAAACAUGAAUUGACUCUGAGCAUAUCUUUUUGAGGGGUAAAACUUGGCCUGAACCUCAGCGAGUGAUCUCGCAGCUCUUCAGAAUUAACCCACAUCCAAGAUCUUUUGCAUCAACUUGGGAGAAUGGAUGGGCACCUCUGUUUGUUUGAUGACAACUGCGAAGGUGCAACGCUCCUUUCCCGCUGCAUUGAAGUGUUGUUCGAGAUUAUCAGGCUUGAGUUCUCUGGAGUAGCACAUGAACUGACAAGCUACCUAAAUUCACAUUCACCUCUUCCAUGACACGGAGGACAUGUAUGACACGAUGAUGUUGGAGCAAGUGUUUUCUUCAAAUGCUGUAUCCUGUACUUGACUUUCUUUGAAAGAAGACCCAGCUCGAUGUAUUUGGACUUAGAGGCAUGCACCUGGUUUGUAUCACUGAAUACUACAAUGUAUUGAUCCAUCAUUCAGAGAAGCCUAGACCUACACACUACCGUGUGCUUCAGUUCAAGUUGGGAUUGGGUUGCUAUAUGUAAAGUAUUUGUACCACACAAGUGAUAGCCAAUUACCGUGCCAUUGCCAUCGCUGAAUCCUGUCAAAUGUUGUCCUGUGGGUUAUCAUUGAGCAGAAACUGAACUGGGCUUGUCAUUUAAGUAUUGUGGUUACAAGAACAGUUCAGAAACUUGGUAUUUUGCAAGUGAAAUAAACCCUGGAAUUGGCCAAGUUAUUGUUAAAUACCCAAGUGGCUUGCUGAUGUUCUUCAGGGUAGGAUCUAUCUCCCUUACCUGGCCUUCGUGAUGUUUGACACUCUUCCCCUCUGAAAUGCUUGCAGUGUGCUUCCUUGAAGAAGAAGAGCCCCUGUUGCAUGAAUUAAAGUGCAAUCUUUUAAAUGAGAAAUAAUCUGAGAUGGACCGAGAGUUCAUUAAAGCCUCAGGCUGGUCACGGAGAGCAUUUGUUUUGUAGAAUGAUUUGAUCUUCUAAUUUCUGGUGAGCUUUUGACAGUUGUUUCUCUGACUGCCAUUACUGAACUGUUCUGAAAGAGGAAACCUAGCUGCAGUAAGAGCUCCAGCUUAAUUUGAGUGGUUUUGGUGGACUGCUCGCUCGAAAGAGGCAAAUAUAUUGUUUGGGAGAGGGGAAAGAAGCUGGAUUCAACCUUGCUGCAGUAAUCCAGGCCAGAGAGAGGGCUGAAAUACUGCACUGAUCCUUGACUUGUGUCCCUUCAUCUCUUGCUCCCAACACGGGGAAUUUGAACUCCUGUCUGAAGUCAUCGCUGACUUAAACCCUCGAGUGAGAAAGCACCUGGGUGUUUGUGAAGAACUAGCUCUUGAUAAUCACCUUGGAUGGUCACUUGCUGUCUGAUAUGUUUCUCUGAAGACUUUUGCCAUCUUUCCAUCAUGCAUGCAGUGUACUCCUUGGUGAGGGCAGGUGUGUAGACCAUGAUCAAACCUGCAAAUGUGUUGCUGGUCAAAGCACAGCAGGCCAGGCAGCAUCUCAGGAAUAGAGAAUUCGACGUUUCGAGCAUAAGCCCUUCAUCAGGAAUGCUUUUAAAUCAGAUUUUCUGCUGAAUGUGCAAAGUCCACCUGCAGCACGCAAAUUGUAAACAUGCAUACCUGCUCCUUGUCUUUCGUGAGUGUUGGUACAACCAAGAGAAGUUCUGACACAAACCGAGAAGUCGCACGUUCCAUCUCCACUUUGUCUUUAGCAAGCUGGCUUCAGGUGGGCUAUGUGGUGGGAUUGCUACAAUCAGCCUCAAUUCUCUGGGAAGGGGAAUCAGAAAUUCACCCGGGCUUCUCAUCUCCUGACUGCUUUGAGUGAGUGUGAGGAUGCGAUAUACCUCUGCAGUAAAGUCUCACGCUCAAACAGCCUCACUAAAGAAUGGCCAGCCAGAUGGGGUGCAAGAAGCUGAGUCUAGCAACUGACAGGAAGGAUGGAAACCAAGAAAAUGCAAAAAUGCAGAUCUUGCAUGACAGCCUAUCACGACCCUCACAGCUGAAAGUAGAACUAGAAUGUGAUGAGGCACGUCCAGUUAUUUUCUUAUCUCUCCUUUGCUUUUGAUCUGAUUCUGUCUGUCUCUUGCUGAUCCUUCCCUCUUCUGUUAGUCUGCACUGUUUCACUGUUGCUUGCAUUAAUAAGCACACUGUCUAAAACUACAUCAGAAGUAAUUUAUAAAAACUCUGUUUUACCAAAGAGUCUAGCAAGAAAUGUAAGUGCCAAUAAUUCAGCCAAAAUCAGACUUGUGCUUGUUCAAAACACGGUUGUUUUCCCAGUAUAUCUACGAGGUUCUGAAUCAAGAAGCAAUCAUCAGGUUUCAGACAAAUGAUUUUGAGGGUUACUUUGUGCACUUGUAUUUUAUAUACAAACAAAUGUAUUAAAAUUGUGUAGCUUCUGGUACAUAUUUUUAAUCACAUUCCAGGUAAAUAUUUUUUAAUCAUUGCAAUUAAAAGGUACCUCUCAUUUGUAUGUACAUUUAUAUUGUAAUAUUGCAGAUAUAUAUUUAAGAGAAAUGGGUCUGUAUUGUGUUGUAUUGUACUGAUGGAGCUGUUGCGUUAGAUUGCAGGUCAGUUUAAUAAAUUUGUAAAAACUUCA